UCUAACUCUUUCGAGUUCAAAAAAAAAUCUAUCUCUCUCUCUCUCUCUCUCUCUCUACAUAUCUACUAUAUCUAUCUAAAUCUUUCGAGUUCAAAAAAAAAUCUAACUCUCUCUCUCUCUCUCUCUACAUAUUUAUAUAUAUACGUACUGUUGUUUGAGAGGGUUGGUGUGAAAGAAUCAACAAUGGCAACGAUUGAAAGAAAAUCAUCAAUUGAGAAUGAGCCUCGGACUCUCAGCGUGAAUCAAAUCCAAUUUGCAAGGGAAGCAGCAUUGUAUGUGUUGAAUACAAGGAGCAUUGAAGAAGCCAUGAGGAUUUUCACCAAGGAUUUGCAGCCAGUUGUAACUGUUGCAGAACAGAAUGAGAAAGCAACCAUUGAUUUCAAUGAACACAGUGAAGGAACCACCGUGGAUUUCAAUGAAGAGUUUAACUGUUUUGCUAAUGAAUUACAAAUUCCAUUGCCAAGAGAUAUUGCCUCUUCACCUUUUUGAUAAUGAUUUAAUUGCUUCUUCCUUCCAGUUUUUAUAUAUUAUAGUUAUAGCAUGUUUUACAGGGUGGAGUUUGCUCGCCCAUUAGUUUAAUUUUUGAAAAAUGUUAGGGAUACUAACAAUCUUACUAACACACUCACAAGUUGAAGUGCGUCACAUACUAAGUGAUGAUCUUAUCAAAACUUGUAAGUGUGUUAGUAAGAUUGUUAAUAAAUGUGUAAGUAUCCUUAGUAUUGUUGUUAAUUUUUUGGGUUUAGGGUUUUAUGAACUUUUAAAAGUGGUCAUGUACCAAAAUGUAGUGUUGUGUUUCAGUUUCGAACUCAAUUGGGUAAUGCUUUAUUGGAUAUUGUAAAUUUUUUAUUUUAUUUUUAGAUAUUGAAUA